AUGAGCAGCACUAAAAUGAGCAGCACUAGUGUUGAAUAAAAUCAUAACAUUUGGAGCAGAUUUGCAAUAACAUAGUUUUAUUUAUUUUCUUUGUUUAUUGUUCACUUUUGUCUUUUUUGGAAAAAUAGUUUUUCAUAGUUUUCUUAAAAGAAAGCACUCAAGAAUCGAUAUUUGAACACACCCAUUCGUUUAACUCUAAAGCAACGGAGCACUCGAAAAUACGUCUUCACUUUCCAAUAAAUAUAUUGUUCAGUACUGUGUUAAUAAGGAUUCAUAAUACCUGUAUAGACAAUGCCGUUAAAAUAUAAGGGAAAAGAUACUGAAUUUCCAUUACCCAAUUGUAAUGAAAUUUAUCCAAGUAAAUGUGAAAAAUGUUAUGUUGAUGAAACUCCUGACAAGCAUCGAUUGCCAGUCACAAAAGGUUUGUUAUUGAAAGAUUUAAAAGAAUUUUCAAAUGAAACUGUGAGACCAACUGAUAUACGUUUACAUGUUGCGAUUAUUGUCACAGCAAACAAAUUUUUAUUAUAUCCCAGUGAUACACCAUUUAUGUUACCUAUGUUGCACAUCUGCGAUAUCUGUGAAUUAGAUUUGGGUAUUUGGAGUAAAAGUGCAGGAUGGCCAUGGAUCAAGUAUGGCAUUAGAACAAUAAUGGAGAUUCGAGAUGAUCCUGAGAGAGUUAGAGCAGUACGAAAGUUUUGGCAUUAUGUAAAACUUAAACAGGAAAUGCAAUUUCCAGAUUGCUGAGCAUUUGUUUGCGCUCAUGACGAUAAGAAGGUUAGAGCGAUUUGGGGUUACCCCGCUACUGUUACUUUUGGAGAAGCAGUAUUUGCGAAACCUUUGAUUGAUGCUUAUUCACAAUUGCCCACGAACACUUCACCAUUUGCUUACGGUAUGGAAAGCGUAACUGAUGGACCGAUGAAAAUUAGAUCACUUUCAUCGGAAAUGGAUUAUAUUAUCACAGUUAAAAAUUUUCAAAAUUUGAUAAAACCGUUCCUGCCUGGCUUAUUGAGAUUGCAUUUGAUAUAUUACAAUUUAAUAUUGAUUUUGUUCAUUAUAGAGGAAAUGGAGUAGCUGAUGCACGCAAAAUGGCACACAUGUUUGACACAAUAAAAGACUACUUCAUCAAUACACCCAUACGAACAGCAAAGGGGUUAAGGUUUAAAAAAUCAAGUGGUAUACCCAGUGGUAGCUAUUUUAGUCAACUAAUCAGUUCCAUUGUAAAUUGUCUUGCUUUAACGUAUGCAGUUUUACACAUUACAUACGAACUUCCAAUUAAUUCUGUGUUUCUUGGAGAUGAAUCUUUUCUAACAACAAGAGUCGCUCUGGAUCUUAGUGAAGUAUCUAAAAUAUUAUUGAAUCUUGGGUUAAUUUUGAAUGAAAAGAAAUCAAUGUCAUCUACUAAUAUCGACGAAUUAAAUUUUCUUGGUUAUGAAAUUAAAAAUGGAGUUGUCAAGAACAAUCAAGAUGAUCUUGUAGCAUCAUUAAAUACUCCGGAGCGCCCUGAUCAAAGUUGGAGUGAAACUGCAUCGCGAACAUAAAGCAUAUAUGUUGCUAACUUCGUGAUGAAUACUUGAGUAAGUUUAAAUGAAGACAUUUUUGUUUAAAAGAUAAUUGUAAAUUUGCCUAGCGCUUCAGAGUAUUUCGCUGUGAAUCAUAAAUGGUUCAAUGGUUUCUUUUUCAGUAAAGAAACGUUCCGUGCGCGUUCAUAAGCUUAUAUUAAUAUAUUU